AUGAGCCGCGCCGGGGAGCCCCCGACGCCCGGGGGGGCGGCGGGGGGGCAGGAGGCGGGGAGCCCCCCGGGGAGCAGCAGCAGCAGCAGCAGCAGCGGGGGGGGCGUCGGCCCCAGCUGCAAGAUCUGCUUCCAGGGCGCCGAGCAGGGUGAACUGUUACAUCCUUGUCGUUGUGACGGCUCCGUGCGGUACACACACCAGCUUUGCCUCUUGAAGUGGAUCAGUGAAAGAGGAUCCUGGACCUGCGAACUCUGCUGUUACAGAUACCACGUUAUAGCAAUUAAAAUGAAAAGGCCAUGCCAGUGGCAAAGCAUUACGGUAACUCUGGUUGAGAAAGUGCAGAUGAUUGCUGUAAUUUUGGGCUCCCUGUUCUUAGUUGCCAGUGUAACGUGGCUGCUGUGGUCUGCCUUCAGUCCCUAUGCUGUAUGGCAAAGGAAAGACAUCCUUUUCCAGAUCUGCUAUGGAAUGUAUGGGUUUAUGGAUCUCGUGUGCAUAGGACUGAUUGUACAUGAAGGUGCCUCAGUUUGCAGAGUGUUUAAGCGUUGGAGAGCUGUCAAUCUACACUGGGACGUACUGAAUUAUGACAAAGCCACCGACAUAGAAGAGAGCAACCGUGGAGAGUCCUCGGCAGCCAGGACUCUUUGGUUACCGUUAAAUGCAUUUCGAAACAGAAGCCUGGUUCAUCCGACGCAGCUGACCUCCCCGAGGUUUCAGUGCAGCUACAUGUUGCUCCAGCUCUUCAAUCGAAUCAGACCUCAAGAAGAUUCUUCAGAAGACGACAGCUCGGGGGAAAUUGUAAUGAGAGUGACUUCCGUGUAA